AGGUUAAACAAAAGUUUUUCCAAUUUUGAACAAUGAAGAAGUCAACUUCGUCUUUAUUAUUUAUUUUACUUAUUUUGUUACUCCUCAGGACUUCAGAGGGAACAUCUUUAACAUAUAAUGUUGCUGCUCAUGAAAGAGCGUGUUUUUACGCUUGGGCCGAUAAACCUGGCGAAAAAGUUGCUUUUUAUUUUGCAGUUCAAUCUGGUGGGUCUUUUGAUAUUGAUUAUGUGGUAACCGAUCCACGUAAUAGGAUAGUAUUAAAUGGUGAACGGGAGAGACAAGGAGAUUAUAUUUUUACAGCAAAUUAUGUUGGGGAAUAUUCAUUUUGUUUUGCAAAUGAUAUGUCAACAUUUGCAGAAAAACUUGUUGAUUUUGAAAUUUCUAUUGAAAAUGAACCAAGAGCAGAAUUACCGCCAUCUAAAGGUAUUCAACCUGAACAUACGAGCAGUAUGGAAGAAAGUCUUAUAAGACUUAGCAGUAGUUUAAGUACUGUUUCUAGAACUCAAAAGUAUUUUAGAACAAGAGAAAAUAGAAAUUUUUCAACUGUUAAGAGUACCGAAAAUAGAAUUUUCUGGUUUGCUUUACUUGAAAGUAUGUUAAUUGUUGGAAUGGCAGCUGUUCAAGUUUUUGUGGUUAAAACCUUCUUUAAUACUACUAAAAAAGGCCACGUUUAAUUUUUAGUUAAAAAAUUUUUUCACAUACCCUAAAACCAAUAAUAUAUAGAAUAAUCAAAGGCUGAGUUAAUAGUUUAAAUGAAUAUUUAUUCAAUAUGUAAAUAUAAUCUUAUUAACUAAUAAGUACGAAAAAAUAAAUAAAUCAUAAAUAACCACAUUGAUAAUUA